GACGGGCGGGGGUUGCCAAGCUAACGGCGCUGUUCCUUCUCUUCCCCUGUAGGUUUCGCCGCUUGUACACUUGGCUGCGACCCAGAAGCAGCAGCGCGAGGGAGGGAGCCAUCAAACCAGCCUCGGCGGGCGGGUUGGUCGGCCUGCCCGCUCGUUACCGCCAGGAGGAGGCGGGGCGGCGGCUUCGACAUGAGCACGCAGGCGCGGAGCCAGGCUGCUCGCAGUGACUGGAGCGGCAGCAGCGGCAGCAGCAGCAGCUUGCAGCCUCAGUGGCAGGAGCAGCAGCAACAGCACCAACAACAUCUCCUCCACCACCUUCCUUCUCCUCCUCCCUUGUGCCGCAGCGACCUCGAAGGCGACCCCGCCGCAGCCAUGCCGGUGACCGAGAAGGACCUGGCCGAGGACGCGCCCUGGAAGCGGAUCCAGCAGAACACCUUCACCCGCUGGUGCAACGAGCACCUCCGCUGCGUGAACAAGCGCAUCGGUAACCUGCAGUUCGACCUGAGCGACGGGCUGCGCCUCAUCGCGCUGCUGGAGGUGCUGAGCCAGAAGCGCAUGUACCGCAAGUACCACCAGCGACCCACUUUCCGGCAGAUGCAGCUGGAGAACGUGUCCGUGGCGCUCGAGUUCCUGGAGAAGGAGAACAUCAAGCUGGUCUCCAUCGAUAGUAAAGCUAUUGUUGAUGGGAACUUGAAACUAAUCCUAGGGUUAGUAUGGACCCUUAUCCUCCAUUACUCAAUCUCUAUGCCAGUGUGGGAAGAUGAAGGAGAUGACGAUGCUAAGAAACAGACUCCCAAACAGAGACUGUUGGGAUGGAUUCAGAACAAAAUCCCUUAUUUGCCAAUAACAAACUUCAACCAAAACUGGCAAGAUGGCAAAGCAUUAGGUGCCCUCGUUGAUAGCUGUGCUCCAGGUCUUUGCCCAGACUGGGAAACCUGGGACCCUAAGAAGCCCGUUGAUAAUGCCCGUGAAGCCAUGCAGCAAGCAGAUGACUGGCUGGGUGUCCCUCAGGUCAUCGCUCCCGAAGAAAUCAUACACCCUGAUGUGGAUGAACACUCAGUAAUGACCUACUUGUCACAAUUUCCCAAAGCAAAGCUGAAACCUGGUGCUCCUUUGAAGCCUAAGCUUAAUCCAAAGAAGGCAAGGGCGUAUGGCAGAGGAAUUGAACCACAUGGAAAUAUGGUGAAACAGCCUGCCAAAUUCAGUGUAGACACCAUCAGUGCUGGCCAAGGCGAGGUAUUGGUUUUUGUAGAAGAUCCAGAAGGAAACAGAGAAGAGGCCAUGGUGACUCCUGACAACGAUAAGAACAAGACUUACGCUGUUCAGUACCUCCCAAAGGUUACAGGACCUCACAAGGUUACAGUUCUGUUUGCUGGCCAGCACAUUGCAAAGAGCCCGUUUGAAGUAAAUGUUGAUAAAGCCCAGGGAGAUGCCAGCAAAGUGACCGCAAAAGGGCCAGGCUUGGAAGUAACAGGAAAUAUAGCCAAUAAACCUACUUUCUUUGAAAUUUACACAGCAGGGGCUGGUGUUGGUGAUAUAGGCGUAGAAGUUGAAGAUCCUCAAGGGAAGAACCCCGUGGAAGUUGCAAUAGAAGACAAAGGGAAUCAAGUCUAUCGUUGCGUGUACAAACCUCUUCAAGCUGGUCCCCAUACCAUUAAAGUGGUGUUCGCCGGAGAGCAAGUUCCCAAAAGCCCUUGGGGUAUUCAUGUUGGUGAAGCGUGCAAUCCAAAUGCCUGCCGUGCCAGUGGUAGAGGCCUCCAACCUAAAGGAGUUCGGAUCAGAGAAACCGCAGACUUCAAGGUUGAUACUAAAGCCGCAGGGAGUGGAGAUAUCCAUGUGGCAAUAAAAGGACCAAAAGGUCUGGAGGAACUUGUGAAACAAAAGGAGUAUGUGGAUGGUGUGUAUGCCUUUGAAUACUACCCAGUAACCCCAGGAAAAUACAUUGUUACAAUCUCAUGGGGAGGUCACAACAUCCCUAAAAGCCCAUUUGAAGUUCAAGUAGGCCCUGAACCUGGUCCUCAGAAAGUAAGAGCCUGGGGGCCAGGCCUUCAUGAAGGCGUUGUUGGUAAAUCUGCCGACUUUGUGGUAGAAUCCAUUGGCCCAGAAGUUGGAUCCUUAGGUUUUGCCAUUGAAGGCCCAUCUCAAGCCAAAAUUGAAUGUGAUGAUCAGAACGAUGGCUCGUGCGAUGUGAAAUACUGGCCCAAAGAGCCUGGCGAAUAUGCCGUUCACAUCAUGUGCGAUGACGAAGAUAUCAAAGACAGCCCCUACAUGGCGUUCAUCCAGCCUGCUUCUCCAGGCUUCAACUCUGACAAGGUAAAAGCUUACGGUCCGGGGCUGGAGCGGACUGGCUGCAUUGUGAACAACCCUGCAGAGUUUACAGUUGACACAAAGGAAGCUGGGAGUGCCCCUCUGAGGAUCUAUGCACAAGAUGCAGAAGGGAAUCCUAUUGACAUCCAAAUGAAAAGCAAGCCGGAUGGUAUCUAUGCCUGCUCUUACAAUCCAACAAAACCAAUCAAGCACACACUUGCUCUUACUUGGGGGGGAGCUAAUGUGCCCAAUAGUCCUUACAGGGUCCAGAUUGGGCAAGGCAGUCAUCCCCAGAAGGUGAAAGUUAUUGGACCCGGGGUGGAAAGAACUGGUCUGAAAGCCAACGAACCUACACACUUCACAGUAGACUGCACAGAGGCAGGAGAAGGUGAUGUCAGUGUGGGCAUUAAAUGUGAUGCUCACGUAUUGAGUGAAGAAGAGCAGGACAUAGACUUUGGCAUCAUACAUAAUGCUAACGAUACAUUCACAGUUAAAUACACACCCCCUGCAGCUGGGCGCUACACUGUCAAAGUGCUGUUUGCUGGAGAGGAAAUCCCUACAAGCCCUUUCAGAGUGAAAGUAGAACCAUCACAUGAUGCAAGCAAAGUGAAGGCUGAAGGGCCUGGACUAAGUAAAACAGGUGUGGAAAAUGGGAAGCCAACACAUUUCACUGUGUUCACAAAAGGUGCUGGAAAAGCCCCUCUGGAUGUUCAGUUCAGUGGACCGAUGGCAGGAGAUGCUGUCAAAGAUUUAGACAUAAUUGACAACUAUGAUUAUUCUCACACCGUACGAUACACUCCAGUACAGCAGGGUAGCAUGAAUGUUCAAGUGAGCUACGGUGGUGAUCCCAUCCCCAGGAGUCCUUUCACUGUAGGUGUUGCUGCUCCACUUGACCUAAGCAAAAUUAAAGUUAAUGGCCUGGAAAAUAGAGUCGAAGUAGGGAAGGAUCAAGAAUUUCUAAUUGAUUCAAAAGGUGCUGGUGGACAGGGCAAACUCGAUGUGAACAUCUUCAGCCCCAGCAAGCAAGCCGUGCCAUGUCUUGUGGAGCCUGUAGUAGGCAAAGAGUGCAGCACUGCAAAGUAUAUCCCACGGGAGGAGGGCCUUUAUAUAGUUGAUGUAAAUUAUGAUGGGAAUCCAGUCCCAGGAAGCCCUUAUGCUGUGGAAGCCACUCUGCCACCAGAUCCUUCCAAGGUGAGAGCCUAUGGUCCAGGUCUUCAAGGAGGCCUUGUUGGAAAGCCUGCUGAAUUCACAAUAGACACCAAAGGAGCUGGAACUGGUGGUCUGGGGUUGACAGUCGAAGGCCCGUGCGAAGCCAAGAUAGAAUGUUCCGAUAAUGGGGACGGCACUUGCUCAGUCUCCUACCUGCCUACGAAACCUGGCGAAUACCUUGUGAACAUCCUCUUUGAAGACGUCCAUAUUCCUGGCUCUCCUUUCAGAGCAGACGUUGAAAUGCCAUUUGACGCUUCUAAAGUAAUCGCCACAGGCCCUGGGCUUGAACGUGGCAAAGUGGGGGAAGCGGGCUUGCUACAUGUAGACUGCUCAGAAGCUGGGCCUGGGACUCUGGAUAUGGAAGCUGUGUCUGAUUCUGGCUCCAAGGCAGAUGUCGAGGUUCAGGAUAACAAGGAUGGGACCUACGCAGUUACAUACGUCCCCCUUUCUGCCGGGAUGUACACACUCAAGAUGAAAUAUGGCGGAGAACCAGUGCCAAACUUCCCUGCACAGGUCAAAGUUGAUCCGGCUGUGGACACAAGUCAAGUCAAAGUGUUUGGGCCAGGAAUUGAAGGGAAAGAUGUUUUCCGUGAAGCGACCACCGAUUUCACCGUAGAUGCUAGACCUUUGACCAAGACUGGCGGAGACCAUAUCAAAGCUCAGAUUGCAAAUCCCUCUGGAGCUUCCACAGACUGCCUCAUCAAAGACAAUGCUGAUGGGACGUAUGCCGUAGAGUUCACGCCCUAUGAAAGAGGUCCUCACACUGUUGAAGUAACCUAUGAUGAUGUUCCUGUACUAAACAGCCCUUUCAGGGUUGAUGUUACGGAAGGAUGCCAUCCUUCUCGGGUGGUGGCCCAAGGAGCUGGGCUACAAGAAGCCUUCACAAAUAAACCAAACCCAUUCGCUGUUGUCACUCGAGGGGCUGGAAUUGGCGGCCUUGGAAUAACUGUUGAAGGGCCCUCAGAAUCCAAAAUAAGUUGUAAAGAUAACAAGGAUGGCAGCUGCAGUGCAGAAUAUACUCCUUACGUUCCAGGAGACUAUGAUGUCAACAUAACUUAUGGAGGCGAACACAUCCCUGGCAGUCCAUUUAAGGUUCCUGUAAAAGACGUCGUUGACCCCUACAAGGUGAAAGUCUCCGGACCAGGCCUGGGAACAGCAGUCCGUGCCGGAAUCCCCCAGUCGUUUACUGUAGAUACCAGUAAAGCUGGGGUAGCACCACUUGAGGUUUCAGUAACAGCGCCCAGAGCUGAUGAGCCGGAUACCCAGUCAUGGCGCAGUCCGCUGAAAGCAAUUUCAGAGUUCUUUAAAGGUGACCCACAGAGUGAAUCUAAUGAGACAGGCUUGGCAGAACCUGUAAAUAUAGUUGACAAUGGCGAUGGCACCCAUACAGUAGCCUACACACCUACGAAAGAAGGUCCCUACACAGUUGCAGUAAAAUAUGCAGAUGAAGAGAUCCCUCGCAGCCCGUUCAAAGUUAAGGUGCUUCCAACAUACGAUGCCAGUAAAGUGACGGCGAGUGGGCCAGGGCUAAGCUCCCAUGGGGUUCCUGCCAGCAUGCCCACUGAGUUUGCUGUUGAUGCUAGAGAUGCAGGCCAAGGACUUCUCUCAGUGCAUGUGACCGACCAAGAAGGCAAACCAAAGAGGGUUGACGUCCAAGACAACCAAGAUGGCACUUAUGCAGUGACUUACCUCCCUGACAAGACUGGUCGCUACUCAAUUGGCAUUAAAUACGGUGGGGAUGAUAUCCCCCUUUCUCCAUACCGAAUCCGUGUGUCGCCAGCAGGAGAUGCUAGCAAGUGUCAGGCAACAGGUCCUGGCAUUGCAGACACAGUGAAGUCAGGAGAGGAAGUUGGCUUUGUGGUUGAUGCUAAAUCUGCUGGCAAGGGCAAAGUGACAUGCACUGUCCUGACACCAGAGGGUACAGAAGUCGAAGCAGAGGUCAUUGAAAACGAGGAUGGAACAUACGACAUCUAUUAUACAGCUGCUAAACCAGGAACCUAUGUAAUUCAUGUCCGCUUCGGUGGAGUGGACAUUCCAAACAGCCCCUUCACUGUCAUGGCUACAGAUGCAGAUGAAGUUGCAGUGUUGUCUCAGGAGCCACUAAAUGCAGCAUGCCCCCCUGGAUUCCAUCCCUGGGUCACGGAAGAAGCUUAUGUUCCUGAUGGUGACAUGAAUGGUCUUGGGUUUAAGCCCUUUGAUAUGGUCAUUCCUUUCGCAGUAAGAAAAGGAGAAAUAACUGGGGAAGUUCACAUGCCCUCGGGGAAGACUGCACCAGCAGAUAUUGUUGAUAACAAGGAUGGCACUGUAACAGUCAGCUAUGCCCCUGUUGAGGUUGGAUUGCAUGAAAUGCACAUCAAAUACAUGGGCAGUCAUAUUCCAGAGAGCCCUCUACAGUUCUAUGUGAACUAUCCCAACAGUGGAAAUGUAACUGCUUAUGGACCUGGCCUUGUCUAUGGUGUAGCAAACAAGCCAGCAACCUUUACCAUAGUCACAGAAGAUGCUGGUGAAGGUGGCUUGGACCUAGCAAUUGAAGGUCCCUCCAAGGCAGAGAUCAGUUGUAUUGAUAACAAGGAUGGCACUUGCACUGUGACUUACUUGCCAACUCUUCCAGGAAACUACAGUAUAUUAGUCAAAUACAAUGACAAACACAUCCCAGGAAGCCCAUUCACUGCCAAAAUCACAGAUGACAAUAGGAAGCAAUCUCAAGUUAAACUGGGCUCUGCUGCUGACUUCCUGUUAGACAUUAAUGAGACUGAUCUUAGCCUCUUGACAGCCAGUAUUAAAGCCCCAUCUGGCCGAGAUGAACCUUGUCUUCUGAAAAGGCUACCCAAUAACCACAUUGGUAUCUCAUUCAUUCCACGGGAGGUGGGAGAGCACCUGGUCAGUAUCAUGAAGAACGGGAGCCACGUCCCCAACAGUCCGGUGUCCAUUAUGGUGGUCCAGUCCGAGAUUGGUGAUGCGAGCAGAGCAAGGGUUUCUGGACGUGGCUUGGUCGAAGGACGCACGUUUGAAAUGUGUGACUUCAUUGUAGAUACAAGAGAUGCAGGUUAUGGUGGGAUUUCGCUGGCAGUUGAAGGACCUAGCAAAGUAGAUAUCCAGACAGAAGAUCUAGAAGAUGGAACUUGCAGAGUUUCGUACUUUCCAACUGUACCUGGUGUCUACAUAGUAUCUACUAAGUUUGCUGAUGAGCACAUCCCAGGGAGCCCAUUUACUGUGAAAAUAAGUGGUGAAGGAAGGGUGAAGGAAAGCAUUACACGUACUCGGCGGGCUCCUUCUGUGGCCACAGUUGGAAGCUUGUGUGAUCUUAACUUAAAAAUUCCAGAAAUCGACAUUGGUGACAUGUCAGCUCGGGUCACUAGCCCAUCUGGGAGAAUGACAGAUGCAGAAAUAGCAGAGCAUGAUAAAAACACGUACUGUGUCCGCUUUGUACCACAAGAAAUGGGGGUCCAUAAUGUUGAUGUGAAAUACAGAGGACAGCAUGUGCCAGGCAGUCCAUUCCAGUUUACCGUUGGGCCACUUGGUGAAGGAGGGGCCAAUAAGGUCAGAGCUGGCGGUCCAGGACUUGAAAGAGCAGAGGCAGGCAUCCCAGCUGAGUUCAGCAUCUGGACAAGGGAAGCUGGAGCUGGAGGCCUUUCCAUUGCAGUAGAAGGACCAAGUAAGGCGGAAAUUGCUUUUGAAGACCAUAAAGACGGAUCGUGUGGUGUAUCAUACACCGCUCAAGAGCCUGGUAACUACGAGGUGUCCAUCAAAUUCAACGAUGAGCAUAUUCCGGAAAGCCCUUACCUGGUUCCUGUGAUUGCUCCUUCCGAUGAUGCUCGUAGGCUCACUGUUAUGAGCCUUCAGGAGUCUGGGUUGAAGGUUAACCAGCCAGCAUCCUUCGCUAUAAGGCUUAACGGAGCAAAGGGCAAGAUUGACGCUAAAGUGCAUAGCCCAAUUGGAGCUGUAGAAGAAUGCCAUGUUUCUGAAUUGGAGCAAGAUAAAUACGCUGUUCGGUUCAUCCCUCGUGAAAACGGCAUUCAUUCUAUUGAUGUGAAGUUCAACGGUAGCCAUGUGGUAGGCAGUCCUUUUAAAGUUAGAGUCGGGGAACCAGGUCAAGCAGAUAGCCCAGCUCUUGUCACCGCCUAUGGGCCAGGCCUUGAGAGUGGCGUAACAGGGUUACAAUCGGCAUUUACUAUAGACACCACCAAAGCAGGCCCUGGAACCCUUGCUGUUACAAUCGAGGGGCCGUCAAAGGUGAAAAUGGAUUGUCAAGAAGCUCUGGAGGGCUACCAUGUAAUGUAUACACCUAUGGCCCCAGGGAACUACUUAAUUGGAAUUAAAUACGGAGGGCCCAAUCACAUAGCGGGCAGCCCUUUCAAAGCAAAAGUGACAGGCCAGCGGCUGGUUAGCCCGGGUGUGUCCAAUGAAACAUCCUCCAUCAUGGUGGAAUCUGUGACCAGGUCAACAACUGAUACCUGCUACAGUGCCAUUCCCAAAUCUUCAUCUGACGCAAGCAGAGUGAUCUCCACAGGAGCAGGGCUCUCUAGAGCUUUCGUGGGCCAGAAAAACACAUUUUCAGUCGACUGCAGCAAAGCUGGUUCAAAUAUGUUGUUAGUUGGUGUCCAUGGACCUACAACUCCUUGUGAAGAAGUAUCUGUGAAACACCUUGGGAACCAACAGUACGGUGUAAAGUACGUCGUCAAGGAGAAGGGUGACUAUAUUCUAGCCGUGAAGUGGGGUGAAGAACACAUUCCUGGAAGCCCCUUCCACGUUACAGUUCCCUAAGUUCGUAUUGUUUCAAAACAUUCAGCUCUGUUCAAGUGAAAUCUGAACAAUUCAAUACUGUGAGCAUUCCUGUGAGAAAUAAGAGUAUACCUUCAUGUAUACAGAACACAUUUUUUAAUGCACCCCAACUUAAAUUCUGCAACUUUUUUAAAAAAAGGUGUUCUAUUUGUCUUAAGCGUCCCUCCUAUACAAAUGUAAACCAAUGUACCUUUUGGAUUGAUAUGCAAUCAUGUAACACGGGCACUAUCCUUUUUGUGGAUUUUAGAAUUUACAUGUUAAACUGGAAUUUGUGUUUGAUAAUUGGGUAGCUUAAACUACUGACUUUUGAUGGACAUUUUUUAGACUGGAAACUUUUUAAAUUUAGCUGUAGAAAAUCACUUUGGCUAUUGCCAGUUCUUCUGUAAAGAAAAUGAGGUAAAACUGGUACUUAUUGUGCCUUUUGUAUACUUGAUUUUUUU